CAGGCCCACACGCGUCGACAGCUCGCACGUCAGCUCCUACAACCAGACUGCGGCAGGUACAACGAAGAGGGCGAGGCCAAGGAGUGCCAGCAGAACCUCCUGGCGACGCUUGGCAGAAUCGCUGGGGGAGCCCUGGUGGACCCAGCCACCUGCCACCAGGUCGCUGAAGAAUUCAGGAGCGCAGCCAACAACCUCACCAAGGCGGUGAAGAGAGCGUACAUCCACUGGGUGCACGACGCCACGGCAGGCAGUGCCAAGAUGGCCCACGCCUACACCAAGGCAGCGGAGCGCAGCCACAUCGAGGACAUCCUAGAGCACGAGGGCCAGGUGGUCUCGCACCCGCAGCAGCUGGUGGACCUGCGCAAGGGCGCGCGGCAGCGAAGAUGGACGCGUGAUGCGCAUAAGGCAGACCAGAUCCAGGGCGCACUGGGCAAGCUGAGGACGGCAGCGCUGGAGCAAGAGACUGCGCUUGAGCCACUCAGCAAGGACAUCGUCGGCUCCAUCAUCCAGCACCUGAAGAGCAAUGCGGGCCAGGGAGCUGACUGGUGGAGAGCGCCAGAACUAAAGGCCAUGGGAGCCCAAGGGCUCAUGGAUUUCGUACAAUGCCUCCACAAUUGCGAGAAGCGAGCGGCGUGGCCAUGGCAGUUCUACCUGGUGCUGGAGCUGCUGCUGGGGAAAAAGCCAGGCAUAGGAGGAGAACGACCCAUUGGCCUAAUGCCCAUGCCCUACCGCAUCUGGAGUGCGGCCAGAGGGCCCAUCAUCGCCACCUGGAGCAAGGAGGCAGCAGGCUUCUGGGACACGGCAGUGGUAGGCUCCUCAGCGCUCAGAGUGGCGAUGCACAGGCUGAUGAGGGCAGAGGCGGCAGUACAAAUGGGAUCCCAUGCAGCAGGCAUCUUCUACGACGCAGCCAACUUCUAUGACAACAUCGGCCUCGACCAGCUGAUCGAGAAGGCCAGCGACCUCAACUACCCCCUGCUGCCCCUAGCUAUGGCAGCACAGAUGUACCUGGCGCCGAGGGCCAUCAUGGCCCACAGCCUCUUCUCCGACAUCUUCGAGCCGGCCAACAGCAUGGCAGCGCACAUGAACUGCAUCUACGUGGUGAUCCAGCAGUACCUGUACGACCUGGCCCUGCAGAUCGAAGGGGCAAGAAAGCAGGUCAUAGAGCAGGUGAGGUACGUGGCCGCCCUGGUGCAUCAGGGUUUCGCAAGGCUCUCUAUCCCCAUCUCCAUCAAGACGGCAGUCGUGGCCUCCGACAAAGACCUUCAGCAGGAGAUAGCCAACAUCCUGGAAGGCCUGGGCACCCCGAAUAAGCAGCCAGGAGUGGUACGAGACCUAGGAGUGGAUACGGGGCUGGGAAAGCAGCUGAAGAGGCCCACCCAUGCAGCCAGACAGGCGAAAGCAAAGCAGCGCAUCGAAAAGCUCAAGGACCUAGCUAAGACGGACGCCCGAGGGGCAGCCAAGGUAUAUGCAGCGGGGGCCUAUUGCCAACAAGCAUGGGACCUGCCAGCGCACGGCAUCACCCCCACGGAGGCGAUCAAGGUCAGGGCCACAGAAGCAGCGCUGCUAACAGGAGGGCACAAAGCAGGCAGAUGCACAGCCACCAUACUCCUCAUCCAGAGGGGCGCGCAGGAGGCGGUCACCAGGGACAUCGUGGACCAGGUCAAGCAGUUCUGGCUCACCAUUGUGGACCACCCGUCGGAGCUCAAGAGGUACCAGAGAGGCCGGCACAUGCUGUAUGACAAGCUGCAGGCCUUGGAGCCCAACAGGAGGUGGAACCAGGUAAAGGGCCCCAUGGCAGGAGUCAUCGUGCAGCUGCUGGGGCUGGGAUGGAACCCAAGGCGGCUGGAUAGCUGGACCAGUCCAGCAGGAGAUGAGUGGGCCUACCGACCCGAAGACAUCCCACACUUCGGAGCGCUCCUCCAGGAGGUCCAGUUGAGCGCUCAGCAACAGCUCUGGCAGCAAGCGGCAGAGCACAGGCACGGUGCAGGACUGAAGGAAGGGGGCGACCUCUACCAGCUGCAAAGACACCUGAGGAGGAGGCGACGCAAAGGGCAACACGCUGAGGCGGCCAUGCUGGAGACCAUCGCAGCGGCAGGCAUUUGGACGAGGGAGCGGCGCAGAGCAGCGAACCUCAACCAGGUAGGGGAGGACACCUGCGCUAGGUACGGAGAGGCCAGCGAGACGGAAAGGCACCGCUACUACGCUUGCCCCUCAAACGAAGAGAUCGGCUACAGCAACGACACAGAGCUAGCCAAGAAGGCCAAGUCGACCAGCACCAGGCUACGGAGAUGCGGCUGGGCGGUGGUGGCCUUCAGGUACGACCAGGACGGCCUGCCCCAGGAGGUGGCAGCUUGGUACGGCACGAUAAGGGCGCCGCACACGGUGCCAAGGGCGGAGCUCACGGCUAUGAGCAAGGCGAUCGGCUACACCACGGCGGCCUCAGCACGAGGGCUCAACAUCGCCAGCGAUUGCAAGUGCGCCCUGGACGCCCUCAAGCAGAUCCAGGACCCAGAGGACCUCGACUACAGGAGCACCAACUUCGACCUCUGGCUCAUGGCCAAGCGGCAGCUCCAGAACAGCACCGACCACAUCAUGGGCCACCACAUCCCCAGCCGCAUGAUUGAGCACCCGAUGGGCAACGAGAUGGCAGACAAGUACGCAAGUUGGGGGGCGGAGCACGGAGCGCUGGACCCAGCCACAAUCGUGCAGCAGCAGAUCAGGGACCAGAUCACGGUGGCAGUCCAGAACAGGCUGCUGGGCAUUAGCAUGGCGGUGAUGGUUGAGGAUCCCAACAAGAUGGCGGUGUGCGACAUGCAGAAGUGGGCACGAGCCUGGUUAGCAGAGACGGGAGAGUGCCAGGGAAGAGAACGCAGCCACCUGGACCACCACGGGAACGUGAGGCUCGAUUUCAAGACAGUGCAGAUCGGCACGCGGGUCGUCCACGACACCCACAAGACGCAGUUUACGCAGGGCUGGUUCUGGUGCGAGAAGUGCGGGGCCACAAGUUACCUAGGGAACCACAAGAGCCGAAUCGUUGCAGGAGUUGCCCGCAAGCUGGCCAAGCCAUGUGUCCCGCCCACCACAGUGGGGCGCAGAGUCACCAUGGACCUGCAGAAAGGGGAGGCUGCCGCGAAGAGCAAAGCGAGCUGGCAGCUUGUGGACCACAUGGAGGGCUACGCGGAACAAUGGAUGAACAUGGUCGACCAGGGCGUGUGGGAGGUCAAGGACGACUGGAUGGAGCACAGUGUCCCGUACUUGCAAGCAGUCAACACUAGAAGCAGGACGGACGUCCAAGACCAAAAGGAAGCAGCCACGCCAAAGGAAAUCCAGCAGACCAGCGACUUCUGCGAGGACAUUUGGAAGAGCACCCACAAGGCGAGAAGGAGGCUCAUGACAUACAUGCUCACCCUUCCGCACGGCACCAGGCAGCAGGCGGCAAGGGCACACAUGGAAGCCUUCCAGGGCAGGCGGACGAACAUCAUCGCCAACAGCAUCCCCAGCAGUGAGCGCAGUGACCAUGGCACGGACAUCGUCGAGGCGCAGGACCUGCACAAUGAUGCCUCAACCAGCGCCAAGACCAGCACGAGCACGCAGGGGACGCCAUGUAGCGCCAAGCCGACGGGGCCCGACCUAAUGAAGUACGUGAGUGAGGCCAAGGAGGCAGGCAUGCAGCACCCGCGACCCAGCCAGCUACGAGGAGACGACGAAGACCUUGAGCGUGAGCUGGCCUGGCUUGAGAGGAACCGCCUGGGGCAGCUCAUAG